GGCAGGCGUACCCAAGCCCCACUUUUUCAACACGCUUCUGGGAGGAAUUUGAUACUGCUUUGACGGGAUAAUGUCUUUAAAAGUUUUCGACGUGUUUUGGUAAAAAACAAAGAGCGUAAAUUCCCGAGAAGGCUGGUUGAACGGAACAUAUUGUAACUUUGGAAACCGAGUUUACAAAGCGUUUCCACAACUAUGGCGCUCAGAGCGAGAGCUUUAUACGACUUUACCUCAGAAAAUCCCGGCGAAAUAUCUGUGACAGAAAAUGAAGUCCUCACUUUAUGUAGUGAAGAGGUUGUCGAUGGUUGGCUGGAGGGCACGAACAGCAGAGGUGAGACGGGGCUGUUCCCUGCAUCAUACGUGGAGAUUAUAAAAACUGACACAUCACUGCACGGUAACGGGACGUCCGCCAGUCAGGACUAUUACUAUCAAAGUAGUCCUCAGAGGAGGGACACCUCAAACGAAUCAACACCCACACACGCUGUAUACCAGGGGCAUCUUCAACAGCAGCGACUCAGUUUUCAGACGAGCCAAGGAAGUGACGAGGAUUGGGACGAUGACUGGGAUGACAGCGGGACGGCGGAGGAACACGGAGGAACACCUGAAAAACGCGCGAAUCCUCAAGCAGGAUACAGCAGCACAAACCCCUCAGCUUCUCGACGUGGUAGUGCACAACAGUCCAAAAGCACAGGAACAGUUGGGAAAAAUCUUAAUAGGUUUUCAACUUUUGUAAAGUCAGGCGGUGAGGCGUUUGUUUUGGGUGAAGCAUCAGGUUUGGUGAGAGAUGGAGACAAAAUAUUUGUAGUUAUGGGUCAGAGUGGACCAGAAUGGCAAGAGAAUCCGUAUGCAUUCACUUGCACUAUUGAUGACCCUACAAAACAGACCAAAUUCAAAGGUAUGAAGAGCUAUAUGUCCUACGGACUCACGCCGAGUCAUACUCAAAGCCAGGUGAAUCGAAGAUACAAGCACUUUGAUUGGCUUUAUGCGCGACUUGUUGAAAAGUUCCCGGUCAUUUCGGUCCCUCACUUACCUGAGAAACAAGCCACAGGUCGAUUUGAGGAGGAUUUCAUUUCUAAGAGACGGAAAGGUUUAAUAUGGUGGAUGAAUCACAUGACGAGUCAUCCUGUUUUAUCCAAGUGUGAUGUUUUCCAGCAUUUCCUCACCUGCAGUAGCACUGAUGAAAAAGCCUGGAAGCAAGGCAAGCGAAAGGCCGAGAAGGAUGACUUAGUCGGCGCUAACUUCUUCCUCACUAUCUGUCCUCCAGCUUUACCGCUUGACUUACAAGAGGUAGAAAACAAAGUGGAGGGCUUCAAAACGUUCACCAAAAAAAUGGAUGAGAACAUCAUACAGGUCAACGUCACUAUUAACGAGUUUGCCAGGAAGCAGAUCACUGGUUUUAAAAAGGAAUAUCAGAGAGUUGGACAGGCUUUCAGACUUCUAAGUCAGGCCUUUGAGGUCGACCAGCAAGUAUUCUCAUCUCCGCUAAACAAGGCCAUGGCAAACACUGGAGAAGUCUACGAGACCAUUGGGGAUUACUUUGCAGAGCAGCCUCGUCAGGAUUUGGAGCCAAUUUCUGAUCUUUUAGCGAUUUACCAGGGACACCUCGCAAACUUUCCAGACAUUAUCCAUGUUCAGAAAGGAGCCCUCACUAAAGCCAAGGAGAGCCAGAAACAUGGAGAGGAAAAAGAUGGCACUGCAGGAGGAGGCAUCAACGACCGCUGCAACAUCAUCUCCUGCGCCACACUAGCUGAAAUCCAGCACUUUCAUUGCAUACGUGUGCGUGACUUCAAGGCACAGAUGCAGUAUUUCUUACAACAACAGAUCAGCUUCUUUCAGAAAAUCACAGGCAAGUUAGAAGAAGCCCUGGACAUGUAUGACCAGGCAUAAGAGAGUCAAUGCUACACUGCCUGAGAGAACUGAAUUAACACAAAUAAUCAGCCUUUUUAUGACAGAUUAAUUGAAAUCACAGUUAGCCUUGUAGAGGGCUUUUCACAUUUGGUCUAGUUAACCCUGGGACAUAUUAAACCCAGGAUAAACAGAAUAGUGGGUUAAUCUUGUUUUACACUGCUUAUAAUUUACCCUGGGUUAACACUUAAUCAUGUAUAUUCAUAUGCUGAAGUUUCACAAUUGUAUUUCUAAUUUCAAAUGUCAGUGUCAAAAGUUAUGUUUCCAACCAAAGUUGUGAACUUAUGAACAAAAUUAAAAUAUCAGAUGUGACUACGCAUGGGCCGGUAUAUUUCACGAUAUUGUGAUCACUGCUCUAAAAUAUGCUCUUUUUAAAUGUCUUAAUUAAAAACAACGUCUUUUCCCAAUUGAAUACAAUAUAUUUCAUUUUAGAGAACAUUUAUAAUAUUUUGGAGCAGUAAACAUGUGAGGCUAAGUAAUUUAAAUAAAUCAUUGACUUCUACUGUC